AAUUGAUCAACUCUUCUAUUUCCUUUCGGUACCUUCUCUCUCUCAUCGCUACCCGUGUACAAAAUCAUUGCCAUCUCUCAUUAACUCACACAGCGGAACCAGUGGGAAGAAACCAAACACCCAAACGAAUCACCGCUUCCAUAUUCUCCUCCAGGUUAUAAAAAUGUUGUUAUCAAGGAAAACUAUCCUUAGAAAAGCUCACAAGAAGUGUGCACGACCGUAUUUGAGAAGAAAUUUUGGGCUUCUUAUAUGGCACACGGGUUGUGCAAUGAGCGCACAUGCCUAUCUUCAAAAUAUGCAUACUCUACAGAAAUUUGAAGAGUUGGAUGAGUUACAUGCCCAGGUGGAAGAGCUAAGUCCUGAGAUGGAAGAGAUAAAUGAUGACAUAGAUGCCAAGUGGGAAGAGAUAGAUGCCAAGAGGAAAGUGAUAGAGACCAAGUGGGAAGAGGUAGGUGCCAUGCACAAAGAGAUCAUUGCCAAGCUUGAAGCCCGUAAAAGCAGAGGAAAAGAAUACAAGGAUAGAGAGAGAAGGAAAAGGCGAACCUGGAUGAGUUUACUGAUGGAGUCCUAGGGAAAGGGGAGCUGCUAGACAUCGACAUAGUAAUAAGAACAAUAAAGUAAUUUGCCUGCAUUAUGGUAACUUAAGGUUUAUUAUUAUGUCGUGUUAAUUCAACUUAUUAGUUUAUUGCUCUGGAGCGUUAUUCUUCAAAAGUAUAUAUUAGUGUUAGAUUUACUUACAUGAUCUCUUAUUUUGAAAAAUCUGGUUGCUUAACAAUUCUUCUGGGGUGAAAUCUGGUACUUAGGUUGCGCAACCUAAGGUGCAAAAAAUCUCUGCUUUUACA